GCCAUGGCUUACUCAUGACUUCGCGGACCGACUCAGCGAAAAAUGCAAUGCUGGCAAAAACACACUACUAAUAGCCACCCACCAGUAGCAAGAUUCGCUAUACUGCCCGUCAACAACAUAUCCCAAGUGAGAAUCUAUCCAACGGGUUCGGCCUGGUGUUCGAUGUAACACCCGAGACGAGGCAAAAUAAUUCGGUGUGCAACCUGGCCAGAUGGGUCGUUGCGGACAAUGGGGAAGCCAGUCCAUCAGGAUUCUGAUCAGACGGGGGGCCAUCGACGUGCCAAGAUGGGCCAGCCCACACCCAUCCUGUUCGCCGGCUCGAUGCCUAUUCGUCCCCUCGUCGGGAGAAGAUACUUAGCACUUAGUUGCAAUCAAAGACUGACGGCGGCUUCGAAUCAUAGCCAUCGAUGCGCUCUGUGUUUCGACAACCGCGACUUGGGGCGGUCAGGGCGAGGCUUUGCACGGUCGCUGACCAGGAGGGGGCAUCGCCUGUGGAGCAAAUCCUGUCUGUCCAGUCAACGAUGGGAACAGACAGCCUCGCAGCAAUCCAAGAUAACUGACCGAUCCUUUAUAAUGUUCGGGACGUCCCAUUCCCUUUCUCCUCCAGUCAGGGGCGGGGGCCUAGACUUCCGCGCAGCCGGCUCGGAAAUCCAAGAACCGAAUGGACGGUCCAGAGACAGACGCCAGUUGCGGGAGAUUCGGCAACUGAGUUGACGGCCAAUAGGGAAAAAGAGGUCGAUUACGUCAGUCAUAUGCCUGUGUCUGCCUGGCAGUCA